CGCGAUGGUCGCCGCGGAGGCGCUGGCGGGAGUGGCGCUGGCGAUGGGCCUCUACGCCUUGCUGUAUUACAACUUUAUCAAAGGGGCCACGUGCAAGAACGAGACCAGCCUGCGGGGCAGGACGGUGCUGAUCACAGGUGGAAACACUGGGAUCGGGAAGACAACGGCCUUGGAUCUGGCCCGGAGGGGAGCCCGCGUCAUUCUGGCUUGCCGGGACAGAGGGCGAGGAGAAUCCGCCGUCUAUGACAUCAGGAGGGAAAGUGGGAACAAUGAAGUUCUCUUCAUGAGCCUGGACUUGGCCAGCUUCAAGUCAGUGAGGGCUUUUGCAACGGCUUUCUUGAGAUCUGAGCCCCGCCUUGACAUUCUCAUCAACAAUGCAGGUGUCAGGACUGGAAGCCGAAGUGAGGAUGGCUUCAAUUUGGCGUUCCAGGUGAAUCACUUGAGUCAUUUCCUUCUGACCCACCUCCUCCUGGAGCGGAUGAAGCAGUGUGCAGCCAGCCGUGUGGUGGUGCUGGCUUCCAGUGCACAUCGAAGGGGGAAGAUUGACUUCCAGAACAUCCACAAGCCAGUGGAUGGGCAGAUGGCAGGGAUCCAGUCCUACUGCAACAGCAAACUGGCCAAUAUGCUGUACACCCGGGAGCUCGCCAAUCGACUGGAAGGGACGAACGUUACCUGCUACGCGGUCCAUCCAGGGCUUGUUAACACGGAAUUAUUCCGUCACACUUCAAUCUGGCUGAAGCCUCUUUUCCACCCCAUCUUCUGGCUCUUCUCCCGAGACACGAUCAAUGGAGCUCAGACGUCCAUCUACUGUGCCACUCAGGAAGGCAUCGAGAAGUACAGCGGGCGCUAUUUUGCCAAUUGCAGCCUGCAGGACCCCAAGCCACAUGCCCAGGAUGAUGCCGUGGCCAAGAAACUUUGGGAGGUCAGCGAGAGGAUGGUGGGGCUGGCGAACUAGGCUGCGGUGUUUUUCAAAGAGGGUUCGUCUCCAUGGAACAGGUGCCUGUGCAGAACCAUCCGUGAAACUGAGGAAAGUUUUUAAUUCAAACUGAGGAAAGUUUUUUAUUCAAAGUGUGGCGUCAAACGGCAGGGUUCUACGGGGGAAAUAACACCGACCCAAAGCAGCACUUCUCAAUUUCGUAAAAUGGGGGCAUCUUUGAAUAAUAGCCGGCUGGUGGAUAGGGCUUGGAUGGUGUCUUAGGGCAUCAGAUGGAGAUAGAUGCCUCUCAUAAUGUGAAAAGGCUGUGGGUCUGGUGAGCUCUGGGAUGUUACUUUUUCUGCUUGGUGUACUUUAUCCGCAACGAGACCUUGUGGGUCUCCAAGCAACGGAGUUUUGCAAUAAAAUGUACAGACUUCUUUGCUCUUUCCUCCAUUGCAAGCUGUCUCCCAUACCUUGAAUUGUCUCUAGAGCCAGGGUGAGGAACUGUUUUCAGCCAGGGGGCUGCGUUUCAUCAUCACAGGCAAUCUUCUCGGGUCUGCAUGCCAGUGCCUGGGGAGAGUCCUUAGGACUGGCUGGAAGAAGGCUAUAAGAAGAAGAAGAGUUUGGAUUUGAUAUCCAAGGCUUUCCCCCUCACCGAGUCCUCGCAGUCCAUGAUGACGGGAACAACACCCGUCAGCCAGGCCUUCUGUAU